UUCAGUGCAAUGUUCUUGCUUUCAUUUAUGAAGGAGUUUUACAUGGGACAGCAAGCUGGUCUCCUAGCCUCACAUAAGUAUGGAAUAUAAGAGACUCCUUCACAGAAUCAUUGGAAUAUUUGUCCUAGGAUUAUUUCUGCUUCAGUUGUUGUAUCCAGAAAGGAAACUAAGUGUGUGGUAUCCAUGGAAGCAUUUAGGAAUACCUUCUCUCACUUUUAGAAACAAGUUAAAACUGCCAUUCUCUGCAGCAUCUGGGAAUCUUACAACAACUUCAUGUGGGGCUAGAACAGACAACAUAGUUAACACAGUCAAUAAUACAAAAAACUGGCUUUGGAUAAUGGACCAGAGGAAACACGCAAUACAACACAUGUGCGAGAAAUACAACCUUAGCCGGCCUUGGCAUCUUCGACAAGGACUAUCCAGACAGAUGUAUGUGGAACACAGAUAUAGGCUAAUAUUUUGUUCAGUGCCAAAGGCUGGUUGCUCUAACUGGAUAAGGGUAAUUAUUCAGAUGACCCUAAAUGUUACUAUGGAAGCCUCUAAACUCCUAAAUGUUCAUAACAACCCAGUGCUUCAGAAACUGAGCUCAUACCCACGUGCAAAACAAAAAAGUUUGCUUCAGAACUAUACCAAGAUAAUGUUUUCAAGAGCACCCAUAGAAAGACUCAUUUCAGCCUACAGGGACAAGUUUUUUCAUUCAAAUCCUUACUAUGUCAAAAACAUUGCAGGACAGAUUAAGAAUCGAUACAGACGCAACAAGAACGUAGCCGGGCCAGUGACAUUUGAAGAGUUUGCUCGCUUUGCAAUUGAAGCCAAUUGUUGCGAUAAGCACUGGAUGCCUAUCUUCAAGGUCUGUGAUCCCUGCAGUAUUCCAUAUGAUUUCAUUGGAAGAUUUGAGUUUGUAGAGACAGAUGCCAACAAUAUCUUGAGAUUUCUGGGAGCACCAGAUGAUCUGCAAUACCCCAGUUUCAAAAGACAUAGCAAAGACCCAAGGACAAAUAGUAGCAUAAUUGAUGAUUUUUUAAAGAAUCUCAAGAAUAAAGAAAUAUUAGAUGGCAUACAUAAAAAGUAUAAGAUGGAUUUUUUACUCUUUAACUACUCUUUUUUUAUAUGAGACUAUUCUUCCACCAGCUACUUCUAAGGACAGAGACCAGAAGUUACUUGCUUGUAUUCAUUUGUAUACACUAAUCUUGUCUUAUUUAACCUGUUAAAAGCAAAUGCCUACACCAAAAAGACUGCACUUUUAAUCUGAAGUCAUUUAAAAUGUAAAAAGAAGCAUUCUCCAAUAAAAAAACAGA